AUGGUUGUCCUUGACAAAGUCUCCGUCGCUAUUGCCGGUUUGGCAUCUAUUGCCUCGGCUGUUCCCACCACCAGGAAGUUCUCGGUCAACCAGGUUGCUCGCCCAGCUACCAAGACUGCCAAUUUCGCUGCCAAUUAUGGCCGUGCUCUCUCAAAGUAUGGUGCUGCUGUACCCUCGCAUGUCCAGGCAGCUGCAGCUGCUAGCGGCGUUGCUACCACUACCCCCGAGGCCAAUGAUGAAGCGUACCUUACUCCCGUUACUAUCGGUGGCACUACGCUGAACCUCGAUAUUGAUACUGGAUCGGCCGAUCUCUGGGUUUUCUCGACGGAGCUCUCUUCUUCAGAGCAAUCCGGCCACUCCGUCUAUAAUCCUAGCAAGAGCGGCAAACUCCUAUCCGGUUACUCUUGGGAUAUCUCGUAUGGCGACGGAAGUGGUGCCAGCGGAAACGUGUACACCGACUCGGUCACUGUCGGUGGCGUGACUGCUUCCAAGCAAGCCGUCGAAGCAGCUAAGCAAAUCAGCUCCGAAUUUCAGCAAGACACCGACAACGAUGGACUGCUGGGUCUUGCUUUCAGCAGCAUCAACACUGUCUCGCCUCGUGCGCAGAACACUUUCUUCGAUAACGUCAAGAGCUCGCUUGAUCAGCCACUAUUUGCCGUUGCAUUGAAGCACAACGAGCCUGGUGUCUACGAUUUCGGUUUCACCGACUCCUCCAAGUAUACCGGUUCAAUCGCCUAUACCGACGUUGACAGUUCGCAAGGAUUCUGGUCUUUCAACGUGAAUGGAUGGUCCGCUGGAAGUCGGUCUGGUGCUGGGUUCUCUGGAAUUGCUGACACCGGCACUACCCUGCUGCUUCUUGACGACUCGAUUGUUUCGAGGUACUACUCGCAGGUCAGUGGUGCCAAAGAAGAUUAUUAUGCUGGUGGUUAUGUCUUUGAUUGCUCCGCUAGUCUGCCCGAUUUCAGUGUCACCAUCGGUGACUACACUGCUACUGUCCCUGGCUCCCUGAUCAACUACGGAUCCUCCGGUGUUGGUUCCUCCUGCCUGGGUGGUAUUCAGUCCAACUCUGGUAUUGGGUUUUCUAUCUUCGGUGACAUCUUCCUCAAGAGUCAGUAUGUUGUGUUUGAUGCCAGUGGUCCUCAGCUUGGCUUUGCUUCACAGGCUUAG